CUUUCCUGUGAGAGGUGGACGGGUAAACAGUGCACAGCUUAGCUCAUCUCUGACUAGUACACCCCCCACUGGAAGGUUGAAACACAGGCAGGCUCACUCUCACCGCUCAGACAUUACUGAGAGAGGAACAGAGAGGAGAAGACAGACAGACGACAGAGAGAGAGAGAGAGAGAGAGAGAUCAGAGGGAAUAAGAGCAGGGUAGUAGCUCAGUGUCACAACAAGAGAAGACAAUCAGACUGCCAGUCAUCUUCUAACUCUGUCUGAACAGGAACUUCUUGACUGAAGCUCUGUGUUCUAUGGUGCUGUGUAGUCACAGUAUAGUGGGGAAAGCCUCACAGAGGGAGUGUGUGGUGUGGUUAUUGUAUUGCGUUUCAGCACAGCACGAGAGAGAGAGUUUCCUCAGAUGAAAAGGAGGAGAGCUGUUUGUCUCUAGUCUCCGUACGCCGUCGUGGUCGUUCCCCUGAGUGCACUGCUGUGAGAGGGUUGGCUCUUUAGGGACAGGAAGAGCAGGACUUGCGAUGCGACCUGAGCGCUGAGUGGAGUAUGCUACAGACGAUUUACGAGAGUGAGUCAAAUUUCUCCACCACAACAAACAAGCUCGUUGUCCACCAGCGACUCUUGGACCAGCAGAAGAUGCACAACGUUAACUCAGUGGACAUUAAGCCAGAGGUACUUUUGGAUCCCGUGUCUCCGUUGGACCUGCGUACAGACCUGAGGAUGCUGGGACCUGGCUCGGACCCGGGAAUGUGGGAGCGUCAGUUGCAGCAGGAGCUGCUCCUCAUCCAGAAACAGCAGCAGGUCCAGAAACAGCUGCUGAUCAGCGAGUUCCAGAAGCAGCAUGAGAAUCUGCAACAGGAGCUGCAGGCCAUGAAGCAGCAGCAGGAGCUGGUGGAGAAGGAGAGGAGGCAGCAGCUGCAGCAGCAGCAGAGCCAGCAGGAGAAGGAGCAGGAGAGACAUCGUAGGGAGCAGCAUGUCCUCUGUCUCAGCCUCAGGGGCAAGGAGCGCACCAGAGAGAGUGCUGUGGCCAGUAAUGAGGUGAAGCAGAAACUCCAAGAGUUUCUGUUGAGUAAAUCAAACAAGGACCUGUCCACUGCCGGAGCCACACACAUGCUCAUCCACCACCCCAAGCUCUGGUACACGUCCUCCCACCACACGUCUCUGGACCAGAGUUCUUCUCCCCUGGGAGGCAUGUCUCCUGUCUGCCACUAUACACUCCCCUCCCCUCAGGACGGACAGGACUUCCCACUGAGGAAAACAGCCUCAGAGCCCAACCUAAAGGUGAAGUCUAGACUGAAGCAGAAGGUAGCAGAAAGGAGGAGUAGUCCACUGCUGAAGAGGAAAGACAGCAACGUCAUGACCCCCUACAAGAAGAGGGCCCUAGAAAUGAUGGACUCUACAGUAACUAACAGUGCCCCAGGCUCAGGACCCAGCUCUCCCAUCGGAGCCUCCAGCGCCCUGGGGGCUGAGAACGGACCCUCCUCUCUCCCCACCACCACAAAAACCGAGCGCUGGCCAUCACAGCCUAGGUUAUUUCGUCCAGAGGGCUCCAUGUCCAACCUUCUGAGCUUAUACACGUCUCCCUCCUUACCCAACAUCACCCUGGGCCUCUCCGCCACCUCCUCCCAGAUCAGUGCUGCCAUCGGGCUGAAGGAGAAGACUGGGGAGGUCAGGCAUGGUCUACCAGGGCAGCUCCUGGGGCCUGUGCCCAUGCCCACGGUGACCUCCAUGGAGACCAAGGUGUCCCCCAGCCAUCAGGCCCUGCUCCAACACCUCCUUCAGAAGGAACAGAUAAGAAGGCAGAAGAUCCUCUCCUCCUCUGGUCAAGGCUCCAUGCCCACCCACCCCCACUCCCCUCUGGCCAUGAAGGACAGGCCCUCCUCCAACAGCAGACCCAAGCUACCCAAGCACCGGCCCCUGAACCGGACCCAGUCAGCCCCUCUGCCCCAGAGCACCCUGGCUCAGCUGGUCAUCCAGCAGCAACACCAGCACUUCCUGGAGAAGCAGAAACAAUACCAGCAGCAGAUCCACAUCAAUAAGCUGCUGUCCAAGUCCAUCGAGCAACUCCGUCAGCCCAGCUCCCUGGUCAACCCACACCUGCAGGAGUCAGAGGAGGAGGAGGAGGACAACACCCGGAGGAUGGCGGAUGAGAGGAUGGACAUGCAGGAGGACAGGAUGCCCCCUGGUGGCGUGAUCCAGAAACACACCCUUCGCUCCAGCAACAGCAGUGGCAGCAACAGCUCUCUCGGGGAGCUGUCCUCCAUCGUAGAGGCCCACCACCGCCUGGGGGUCAUAAAGGUCAAAGAGGAGCCAAUCGACAGCGAGGACGAGUCCCUGUCCAGUCAGAGCCUAGCGGCGGAGCAGAGGGCCUCACUCCACCAGGUCAAAGGUCAGCUGGUGAUAAGAGCUAUGAUCUGAGGGGGCAGAAGAUGAAGGAGAUCAAACACUGCGACAUUCAUAGACGCAUAUGUACACACAAACACACACACACACACACACACACAC